AUGUUGUAAUGGCCAAGCAUGGCUGCCAAUCAUCUGUCUGGCUUUUAUAUGAUCUAAGAGGGACAGUCAUCUAGGUUUUGGUUAUUAACCACCAGAGAAAAUAUGGCCCUGGCACUCUGCUGUUUGUCUCUUACAGAUGGAUCCAGUAAGAGAAAUCCACCAGAGAGAUGUCCCCGUCCUCUGUAUUCCCGGGACUCCACACAGGAACAUCAGGAGAUCCAACAGUCUUGUCAAAGCGAAUAUCUUGUUGUCCAUAAAGUUGAAGCUAAAGAGGACUCGGAAGAGACAGCGGUGAGGGGUGAUGAACAGGAAAUCGGCACAGAUGGACGCUACAUCAGGAAUAUCUCAAAGCAGAGUCACUUUACAUUCCCAGAUGGUGAAAAAGAAGACAGUAAUGUCAUAGCCGGUUCUUCAGAAGUGAACUUCAUUCUCCCAGGACUCUACAGAAUAUUCCCAUGUUCUGAGUGUGGCAAAUGUUUUAACGAUAGAGCAGAAUUCCGGUCACACCAGAAAAGUCAUGCAGGGGAGAGGACUUAUCCGUGUUCCGAAUGCGGAAAAAGUUUUACCCGCAAAGAGAAUCUUAAACUACAUCAGAGAUCUCACACAGGGAUUAGGCCAUUUUCCUGCGCCGAGUGCGGCAAAAGGUUUUCCCGUCGAAAAAUCCUGAUGGCGCAUCAGAGGAUCCACACAGGGGAGAAGCCAUUCGGCUGUUCGGAAUGCGGAAAGCGUUUUACCCAGAGAGAAAACCUCAUCAUACAUCAAAGAUCACACACGGGGCUGAAGCCAUUUUCCUGCGCCGAAUGCGGGAAAUGCUUUGCGCGGAGAGAGAAGCUUAUCUACCAUCAGAGGUCUCACACUGGGGAAAAGCCGUUUUCCUGUUCCGAAUGCAGCAAAAGUUUUACACGGAGGGAAAACCUGCUCUUGCAUCUGAGGUCGCACCCGGGGGUGAAGCCAUUUUCCUGUCCGGAAUGCGAGGAGCGUUUUACAGAAAGGGAAGAACUUCUUUCGCACCAGAAGUGCCACAUGGAAGAGAAGCUAUAUUCGGAUCCUGAAGCUGGGGUUGAGGAGGAGCCAUAUUCAUGUUCGGCAUGUGGGAUAUGCUUUGACAUGAGAGCUGACCUCGUUUCGCAUGAAAGAACUCACACGGGCCUGAAGAAGUUUUCCUGCAGCGAAUGUGGCAAAUGUUUUGGCAAAAGAUCUAAUCUGGUUAGACACCAGAGAAGUCACUCGGGCGAGAGACCAUUUUCAUGCGCCAUCUGCGGGAAAUGCUUUACUUGGCGAGACAAAUUGAUCUCUCAUCAGAGGUCUCACACGGGUUUCAAACCGUUCACAUGUCCAGUGUGCGGGAAGUGUUUCAGCCAGAGAGCCCAUCUCGUUUUGCACGAAAGAACUCACACGGGGGAAAAGCCUUUCUCCUGUAAUGAGUGUGGAAGAUGUUUUGCCGAAAGCUCGAACCUUACAAAACACCAGAGAACCCACUCGGGGCUGAAGCCAUAUUCGUGUUCGGAAUGCGGAAAAUGUUUUUCGAGCAAAUCCAAUCUGAUUGCACACGAAAAUGUUCACAAGGGGGACAAGCCGCUUUCCUGUUCGGAAUGCGGGAAGUGCUUUUCUCGGAAAUCGAAUCUUGUCGCACACGAAAAUGUUCAUACGGGUAACAAGCCGUAUUCAUGUUCCCAAUGUGGAAAAUGUUUUUCUCGGAAAUCGUAUCUCAUGAGACAUGAAAAAGUUCAUAUAGUAUGUGUUCCUCUCUAAGUAAGGACUUUUGUACUUGCCGUAAAAUCUGGUCAUUUCGUUUCUUGAAGUUAAGGGACACCGGAUCAAUAAUAAAGACAGUUUGGUUAUAUUUGA